ACCCUUUUCUUUCUCUCUCUCUCUCAAUCUCUGAAUACGAGAAAAAUAAUUGUUUCAAGAUCUUGUUCCCGUUCGCAUCUUUUCUAAAUUUUCUUUUAAAAAAAAAAAAUUUUAAACUCAAAUAUAAUGAAUAUAAAAAAUAAUUUUUUGAUUUUUUUUACCGUUUAAAAGAUCUCAAUGAAAUCUAUCAAAUAAGAUCUAUAUUGAUAGAAAAAUUAUUUGUAUAAACACAUAAUUUUUAAGUUUAAAUUUUUUUUUAUUUUUAAAGUUCUUCUUUAAAGAAGGUGAAACACCCCUUAAUCCCCUGGCCCUAUAGCACCUUGCCACAUGUAUCAAAAUUUCUCUUCUUUUACCUAUGCUGGAGUACAUAUAUACAGAUACAUGCAUAUAGAUAUAUUUACACAAACAUACAGAGAGAGAGAGAGAGAGAGAGAGAGAGAGUAUGAGUGCAGAUUACUACAAAAUUCUUCAGGUGGAUCGAAACUCCACCGACGAUGGCUUGAAGAAAGCCUAUCGAAAGCUCGAAGCCAAAUUUAAAGAAAUUUCCGAAGCCUACCACGUUUUGAGUGAUCCUCAGAAGAGAGCGGUCUACGAUAAGUACGGAGAAGAAGGAUUGAAGAGACGGUUCAGUCCUCGAAGCGCGGACCAUUUUCAUCCCGGAUCCACCACUGGGGAAUUCGUCUCCGGUGGCAACGGUAGUCCGUCAUCCAUCCGAAUGAAUCCUCGAAGCCCGGACGACGUAUUCCGCGAGCUUUUCGGGCAUCCGAGCCCGUCUGUAGGAGGAUCACGCGCCGGCGGCACGUCCUCUGGUUCUCAAGGGAAUAAUAUAUUUGCAGAGGAUAUAUUUGCCAAUUACGGGGAUCGCAAGGCGGCGGCGAUAGAGCAGACGCUGCCUUGUAGUCUGGAGGAUCUUUACAAGGGGACUAGCAAGAAGAUGAAGAUCUCUAGAGAGGUCACUGAUCCCUUUGGGAGACCCACGACAGUGGAGGAACUUCUCACGAUCGAUAUCAAGCCAGGCUGGAAAAAAGGAACGAAAAUAACUUUCCCAGAGAAAGGAAACGAGCAACGAGGCGUCGUACCUUCGGACCUCGUCUUCGUCAUCGAUGAGAAGCCUCACGGCGUCUUCAAAAGGGACGGCAACGAUCUAGUUAUCACCCAGAGGAUCUCCCUCGUGGAAGCUCUAACAGGGUACACGGCAGAGAUCGCGACCCUCGAUGGGCGGAACCUGACGGUUCCCAUCAACACCAUCAUCAGUCCCGCCCACGAACAAGUUCUAACCGGGGAGGGCAUGCCGUUACCCAAGGAACCGUCGAAGAAAGGCAACUUGACGAUCAAGUUUGACGUGUUCCCGAGCAGGCUUACUUCGGAGCAGAAAAAUGGCAUCAAGAGAUUGCUGACAUUGUGGUAGACGGUGCCUUCUUCUACCGAUCUUGAUCGAUGCAAAGCUUAAAUUAGUUUUUCCAUUGGUCUUGUUUGAGUGUUGCGUUUUCGCCGCCUGUCUAAUAUAACGAAAAAUUGAAUUUGGUGGUUCCGAAA